AUGGGAGGUGGAGUGCUUCAGCCUCCGGCCAGCAUUUUGCAACAGGCACCGGAAGCUGCGGGGGCAGUGGCGGGAAGAGUGGCAACCAGUGCAGAUGAUGCAACGGUGCAAAAGAACCCUGAACAGAAUGGCGGCCCGGUUCAAAGUGAUGUCUCUAAUUGUGGGAGAUUUCCAAUUGAAUGA